CUUUGUCAGGAACGACUUGAAAUAGAUACUCCCAAGUAUAAGGCGGGGAGCUGCGGGGAAAGCUUGUUGCAACACGGAAAGCAUUCCCUAACAUGUCCUGUUUUUUAAAGGUAGCGUUCAGUUUCACAAUGUUUGGGGACCUCUUUGAAGAGGAUCAUUCCAGUGUAUCGGACACUCGGUAUGCAAACGGGAAGAAGUUAAAGACCAAAGCGCUGGAGCCACCUGCUCCUAGAGAAUUCACCAAGUUAAGCGGAAUCAGAAAUCAGGGUGGAACCUGCUACCUCAACUCCCUUCUUCAGACCCUGCAUUUCACACCCGAGUUCAGAGAAGCUUUAUUUUCUCUUGGCCCAGAAGAGCUUGGUUCUUUAGAGGACAAGGAUGAUCCCAGUGCGAAGGUUCGAGUCAUACCUCUACAGUUGCAGCGGCUGUUUGCUCAGCUCCUGCUCCUCGACCAGGAAGCUGCCUCCACAGCAGACCUCACUGACAGCUUUGGGUGGACGAGCAAUGAGGAAAUGCGGCAGCAGGACGUGCAGGAGCUGAACCGCGUUCUCUUCAGCGCCCUGGAGGCCUCCUUAGUCGGGACCUCCGGCCACGACCUCGUCCACCGUCUGUAUCAUGGAACCAUUGUUCACCAGGUUGUCUGUAAGGAGUGUAAGACCGUCAGUGACAAGCAGGAAGACUUCUUAGAUCUAACAGUAGCUGUCAAAAAUGUAUCAGGUUUGGAAGAUGCCCUCUGGAACAUGUAUGUAGAAGAGGAAGUUUUUGACUGUGACAACUUAUACCACUGUGGCACCUGUGACAGGCUGGUGAAAGCAGCAAAGUCGGCCAAAUUACGUAAGCUGCCUCCCUUUCUUACUGUUUCAUUGUUAAGAUUUAAUUUUGAUUUUGUGAAGUGUGAACGAUACAAGGAAACUAGCUGUUAUACAUUCCCUCUCCGGAUCAAUCUCAAGCCUUUUUGUGAACAGAGUGAGCUGGAUGACUUGGAAUACAUGUAUGACCUCUUCUCGGUUAUUAUACACAAAGGCGGUUGCUAUGGAGGACACUAUCAUGUGUACAUUAAAGAUAUCGAUCAUUUGGGAAACUGGCAAUUUCAAGAGGAAAAAUGUAAAGCAGAUGUGAAGUUGAAAGAUCUUCAGAAUGAAGGCAAGAUUGAUGAUCCACUGGUGAUUUUAAAAGCAAUCUUAUCACAGGAGGACAGUAAUCUAAUUCCUGUUGAUCAGCUGGGCCAGAAACUUUUGAAAAAGAUAGGAGUAUCUUGGAACAAGAAGUUCAGGAAACAGUGUGGACCACUGCGCAAGUUCCUUCAGCUUCAUUCUCAGAUAUUUCUGCUCAGUUCAGAUGAAAGUACGGUCAGUCUGCGGAAGAACUGCCCUCUGCAGGCUGAGUCCAGUUUCCAAAGGAAGGGUCAACAAAUUUUUGAGACACUUACUUCAGAAUCCCCAGGAUUAAAUGAUGAAACUUCCUGUCCCCACUGGUUUGAUAUCAAUGACUCCAAAGUCCAACCCAUUGAGGAGAAGGCUAUUGAACAGCAGUUUCAGGGCAAAGAGAGCGCCUACAUGUUGUUUUACCGGAAAUCCCAGCUGCAGAGACCCCCUGAAGCUCGAGCUAAUCCGAGAUACAGGGUUCCACGUCAUUUGCUGAAUGAAAUGGAUGCAGCCAACAUUGAACUGCAGACGAAAAGGGCGGAGUGUGAUUCUACAAAUAAUACUUUUGAGUUGCAUCUCCACCUGGGCCCUCAUUACCGUUUCUUCAAUGGGGCCCUGCAGCCUGCAGUCUCUCAGACAGAAAGCGUGUGGGACUUAACCUUUGAUAAAAGAAAAACUUUAGGCGAUCUUCGACAAUCAAUAUUUCAGCUGUUAGAAUUUUGGGAAGGAGACAUGGUUCUUAGUGUUGCCAAGUUUGUACCAGCAGGACUUCACGUCUAUCAGACACUUGAUGGAGAUGACCUGGCACUGUGGGAAAUUGGAGUUGCUGAUGAGGAAGACAUCUUUGUGUGGGAUGGAGUGGAGGUUGGCGGAAUCCAGAUUCCCACUGGUGGUGACUGUGAACCUUUACUCCUAAAUGUCCUCCAUUUGGCAACAAGCAGUGAAGAGUGCCAGCAGCUGGUGGAGUCUCCACAUGUCUUCCCAGCUAAUGCGGAGGUGGGCACUGUGCUCACAGCCCUAGCAGUCCCAGGAGGUGCCAUCUUCAUCAGCAGUACUGACUCUGCAGGUGGACAGAGCUGGACUGCCAUUCCCCAGGGAGACUUGAAGAAGACCUUCAGAGAACACGGCCUCCAGAGCGGGAGCUCGAUUUUGAUUCAGGAUGCCAGGAGUGAUGAUAACAGUUUGUUGACCAAACAAGGGAAAUGGAUCACUAGUGUGAAUGAUAUCGACUGGGUCGAAGUUAAAAAUUUAUGUCAAUUAGAGUCUGAAGAGGAGCAAGUUAAAAUAUCAGCAACUGUUAACACAGUGGUGCUUGAUAUUCGAAUUAAAGCCAUAAAGGAAUUAAAAUUAAUGAAGGAACUAGCCGAGAACAGCUGUUUGAGGCCUGUUGAUAGAAAUGGGAAGCUGCUUUGUCCAGUGCCAGAUAGCUACACUUUGCGGGACGCAGAACUGAAGAUGGGAAGCUCACUGGGACUCUGUCCGGGAAAAGCACCGACUUCCUCUCAGCUGUUCCUGUUUUUCUCUCUGGGGAGUGACAUCCAGCCUGGGUCAGAGAUGGAAAUCAUAGUAGAAGAAACAGUUUCUGUGAGAGAUUGUUUGAAGACAGUGCUGGAGAAGUUUGGCCUCCUAGGAGACGCGUGGCACUUACGAAGGAUGGACUGGUGCUGUGAAGCAGGGGAGCCUUUGCGUGAAGAAGAUGCAACACUGAAAGAGCUCACGAUACGCUCUGGAGACACUCUGCUUCUAACCGAAGGGAAGCUUCUUCCUGCGGGUCUCCUGAAGGUGCCCAUCUGGUGGUUCCAGCCUCGGGGGCCCGUGGGUCAGGGGAAGAGCCGUCAGGACCAGACGAACGGUACCCCUUCUCAAGGUGGGGUCUGUAGAGCUGCUGCCACCCCAGGUGCUCCUGGUGAUGUGCUCGCGGAAGUUCCCCUCUGCUACCUGGGUGACGUGGAGAUCUCAGCAGAUGCCACCUUGGUGCAACUGAAGGCUCAGGCCAUGACCCUGCCCUCCUUGUCGGAGUUUUCCAUCCCAUCCCCAGCCUUCCUCAGAGCCUGGACAGUGGACAGGAAGCGCCCCGGCAGGCUUUUACGAGAAAACCAGCAGCAGCUGAGGGACUGUAAGCUGGGAAGGAGAACUGAGAUCUGCUUAGAGCUCCUUCAGAAAGAAGAACACUUGGGCCCCCAGGACGUGCUGCUGAGGACACAGCUGCGCCUCCCUGGUGAGCGGGCGUAUGCCCUGCCCGUGGAUAUGGUGUGGGAUGCUGCCCGGGGCACUGCCAGUUCCCUGCGGCAGCGAGUGGCCGACUCCUACUCCCUUCCCGUGGAGAACAUUGAAAUUGCCAAAUACUUUCCGGACAAGUUUGAGUGGCUACCAGUUUCCAGCUGGAACCAGCAGGUUACCAAGAGGAAAAAGAAGAAAAAGCGAGAUAACCUGCAGGGGGCACCAUAUUACCUGAAAGACGGAGACGUUGUGGGUGUUAAGAACCUCCUGGUGGAAGACACCGCUGACUUCAGCACAGCCCGAGACGACACGGAGAGAGCGCGCCAGACACCGCCCGCGCUGGGGCAGAGGAAGAGCCAGGCGGCCCUUCGUGGGCAGAGCAGCGACGUGCUCCCCGGUGCAGACACGCCUGGCCGGCCCCACAGACCAGAAGCUUCCCUGUCCAUCCACGUUGGGAGUUUCAGAUAGCACUGCACUGCGACAUCCCCGCCAGCACCAAUCAGAGCUGGUACCAGGGCAGCUGCUGUCCCAGGGCCUGGCCAGGAGCGGGCAUGGGGGCUCUGCACCCUGUGGACUCUGCGUGUGGGUCCGAGGGAGCAGGCUGGUAGGUUGCUGCCUUGUGCGGACACAGACCCCACAGCCUCUGCUUUACGACAGAGGGACGUUUGGUCAGGCCGGGCGAGCGCACUUUCUCCCCGGGCUGUGCAGCAUGGCCACAGAGGGUCCUACAGGCACCAGUCAGACGCUGCCCUACGCCACUUCCCCCAGCCCCGUUAUGAGAAAUGCCCUGGCUCUGCCCUGGCUGCAGGCCGGUGAGUGCACCUGGCCCUCUUCUCCCUGCACUGUUCAGACGUGGCACCUGCAUUGAGGCUCCCACAGCUCAGCUCACGAUGGGCUGGCCAGGCUGGUGCGGGACACAAAGGGCAUCUGUGCUCAGAAUGCCCGCGGCCGCUGAUGGGAGCCUCGCUUGCGCCGAGCUGAUGGUCCUGAGGCCUCGAUUCAACCAGAAAAAGGAACCGCGUGCAGAGCUGCUUAUGCUGCCCGGCGGGGCCGCCGUUGGUUGAAAGCUGGAAUCGGCGUUUCUGACCAGAGCAGCAUGUCUCUCUCCAGCUCUGUCAAAGCGGGUUUCCUGAGCGCGUUCUUCACCUUGCCUCCCAUGAGGCUUUGCAGUGACUCUGGCUACUUACGGUUGCGAUGUCACACGACUCUCACCAGCCCCUUGUCCCGGACACAAGCACUGAUGUCAGGAGACGACAGAAGAUGUGGACUGAGUAUCGGCAGCACCACUCGCCAGAGGGGGGGCCUGCUGCACCAGGCGGCUUUUCCAUGGAGCUUGACGCGGGGGAUGAGCCCACUCCCGCCUCUGUCCCCUUCGGGCCCUCAGGACUGGCGAGCGCUGGGUGUCGCGGGAGCCCCGCCCUCGGCACAAGCUUCUCAGUUCCUUUCAGGGCAGCUGACCCAUCUCCUUGCGGUGCCCUUCAUGUCACUUUAAGGGGGUGAAAUGUUAGUGUGUUAACUGAAAGCUUUGCUUUUGAGGAGCCAGAGGCCUGGGAGGGGACUUGCCAAGGCCGGAGGGUGGGUGUGCCCUAGGGUCCCCAGAGCGCUGCCGGGCCUCCCAGGGUCUCUGCUGGUUUCCUGCUCCCUCCCUUUUCCUUAAACUCAGGGGUGCGCUGGGGCUGCAGGGGGAGAGCUGGAUGGUUUUGUUAAAGAGCAAGUAAAGCGUCUUCACGUCUUGUUUCCACUGUAAGCUGACGCUUCGUACUGGCCUUUGUUCCCAAGUGCACUGCAGGCGCUAAGCGUGGUUUCUAUUAAGAAGUAUGGUGUUGGGACCCUGUGGCAACAACAGCAUGUUUUGACUUUAAGUUCAGACUCCUGGGAAAACUGCCGGACAAAAGUGGCCGUGGUCCGGUUCUCGUCCUUCCAAGGAAACAGCACUGGCCGUGGGCGCGCUGCAGACACAGCUCUUCACUGGGACCUUCUGCCAAGGGGUGGGCAGGAAUCCCCAUGACCCAGUUAAGCCUCAGACGGUUCCCUCUGGAACAGGCCUGACUGGGGUGUGGGCCCCCCAUCUGGGAAGGGGCACGACAGCUCACCUCUGCUCUGUUCUCGACUGUCCCAUCCAAAGCAGGGCUGUGACACGUCAAUAAAAUAGGUAAACGUA